CGUCCCCAGCAGCGCUGGAAACUCAGGUGGCGUCGGGCGGGGCGGCGCCCAGGUGUGCCAGGCAGGAGGCGGUGCACCCUGCCUGGGCUCCUGCGCCGUCUCAGACCCGGGAGCCACCCGGGGACAUAGAGCGGGCAGGCCGGGCGGACCCCGCAGGGAGCGCGGAGCGCGCCGAGGGACGGUCCUUGAGGCUUGCCGGGUGGCUGCAGCGAUGCCAGACCUGUGGAGAGCAAUCGUCCUGGAGACCUUUCUGGGCUACGUCUCUUGGUCUCUCUACCAUGGCCUGGGACCCAUGAUCUAUUACUUCCCCCUGCAAACGCUGGAGCUCACGGGGCUGGAGUUGUUUGGCGUGGCCUUUCUCUCCCCGAUACUCUUAAUAAUUCCUCCAUUCUGGAAACUCGUUAAUCAGAAGUGGAUGCUCUCUCUGCUGAGGAUCGUCACUGUCGGCAGCAUAGCCUCCUUUGAGGCUCCGAAUGCCAAGCUUCGGUUGGUGGUCCUGGCACUUGGAGUAUCUUCUUCACUGAUAGUGCAGACUGUGAGCUGGUGGUCAGGAAGUGGAUUGCAGAGGUACCUCAGAAUCUGGGGAUUCAUCUUGGGACACAUGCUUCUUGUUGUCCUCCGCAUAUGGUACACAUCAUUAAACCCGAUUUGGAGUUAUCAGAUGCCCAACAGAGUGAUAUUGGCCCUGAGUGCCAUAGCUGUGUUUGACCGCAUUGGCACAGAUGGUGACUACAGUAACUCUGAGGGGAAGAAGCCCAGUGAGGUCACCAAGGGCAUGGCCUCUCGAUCUAGCUGGCUGUUGCCGGGUGCCGCCUUUGGGAGCCUCGUGUUCCUCACUCACUGGAUCUUUGGAGAGGUCUCCAUUGUUUCCAGAUGGGCAGUGAGUGGUCAUCCUCAUCCAGGUCCUGAUCCUAACCCAUUUGGAGGUACGGUUCUGCUGGGCUUGGCAGGUGGGUUGAUGCUUUCAGGCUCAUCGUGGCUUCGUGAUGCUGGCUUAGCCUGGUGGGUGACAGGAGCAGCUUCGGCCAUGGGUCUCCUUUACCUGCGCACGUGGGCAGCAGCUGUUUCUGGAUGUGGACUGGCAGUCUUCACGGGCUCCAUGUGGCCUCAAGUACUUGGACACCUUGUGAACUCAGGGACAAACCCUGGGGAAACCAUGGCCACUGGCAUGGCCAUUUAUCUUUUAGAGAUAUUUUUCUGUGCCUGGUGCACAGCUUUUAAGUUUGUUCCUGGAGGUGUCUACGCUAGAGAAAGAUCUGAUGUGCUUUUGGGCACCAUAAUGGUAAUUAUUGGAUUGAGUAUGUUGUUUGGACCUAAGAAAAACCUUGACUUUCUUCUUCAAACAAAAAAUAGUCCUAAAGUGCUUUUAAGAAGGACUGAAAAGUAUAUGAAACUUAUUUUGUGGCUGCUGGUUGGUGUGGGGUUAUUAGGAUUAGGACUACGGCACAGAACGUAUGAGAAGAAACUAGGCCAAGGGGCACCAGUGAAAGUGGUUUCCGCUGCCAUCUGGCCCUUUAGGUUUGGAUAUGACAACGAGGGAUGGUCGAACCUGGAGAGGUCCGCUCAACUGCUCAAGGAGACGGGUGCAGACUUUAUUACCAUUCUGGAGAGCGAUGCUUCUAAGCCCUACAUGGGGAACAAUGACUUAACCAUGUGGCUGGGGGAGGAACUGGGCUUCUAUACAGACUUUGGGCCCAGCACCAGGGAUCACACUUGGGGGAUCAUGGUGCUGUCGCGGUACCCAAUUGUGAGAUCGGAGCAUCACCUUCUUCCGUCGCCAGAGGGCGAGAUUGCACCAGCCAUAUCUCUGACCGUUAACAUCUCCAACAAACUGGUGGACUUUGUGGUAACACAUUUUGGCAAUCACGAAGAUGACCUUGACCGAAAGUUACAGGCUAUUGCAGUUUCAAAAUUAUUGAAAAAUUGCUCAAACCAAGUGAUAUUUCUGGGCUAUAUCACUUCAGAACCUGGUUCCAGAGAUUACCUACAACUCACAGAACAUGGCAACGUGAAGGAUAUUGACAGCUCAGAUCAAGACAGAUGGUGUGAAUACAUCAUGUACCGUGGCUUGAUCAGGUUGGGUUAUGCAAGAAUUUCUCAUGCCGAACUGAGUGACUCUGAGAUUCAGAUGGCCAAGUUCAGGAUCCCCGAUGAUCCUGCCAAUUACAGAGACAACCAGAGAGUAGUCAUAGAACACAGAGGACUCCCCAAGAACGUUCAUUUCAACCCCAGAUUUGGCUCCUACAAAGAAGGGCACAAUUAUGAAAACAACCAUCGUUUUCACAUGAACACACCCAAAUACUUCGUUUGAACCCUUUUAGACAAGAAGUCAUCGUUGACUGGGGGAACUAGGUAACAGCUCAAAGAAGAGUUCAAUGAAAAUGGAUGGAUACACGUGAUGAACCUCAAGAGUUAAAAAGGGUGACAUCAUGCAGUGGGAAUUUUAUCAAUUUAUAAGCUAUGCUGCUUAAUAAAGGCAUCUUUCUGAGUUACUUUUAUUAAAAAAAAUAGUGUGUGAUAAUAUAAGAAAAUUAAGCUCAGGGCUGGAGGUAGAACUCAGUGGUAGAGUACUUACCUGGUAUGCAUGGGGCCUUAGGUUCAGUUCCCAGAACUGCCAGAGAUAAAGGGGGCAUGGUGAGGGAAAAAAGAAACUGCUGAUUUGUGAUUAUUUUAACAAUACUCAGUCGGCAGAGCAUGUGACUCUUAAUCUCAGGGUCCUGGGUUUGUGCUCCACAUUGUGCGCCAGAUGAAGCAUGAUCCUAACUAGUCUUAACAAUAAAACCUAGAGUCAGAUAUCAAGGGUGAAAGCUGAAAGAUCAGAGAAGCAGAGCAGCCGCCACUAGAUACUUCUUACCUCUAUGAAUCCUCAGACCAAAUGGGGGCUGAGAUCCUGUCUCCACCCACCUUAUAUUCCUGUCUUUGCUUCCUGAUUGUGCUGGGAUUAAAGAUGUGCACCAAAACUAAAAGUUUCUCUUUUAGACUGGUUCAAUCUUAUGCAGCUCAGAAUAUCCUGAACAUCUGAUCUUCCUGCUUCCUCCUCCCAAGUGCUGGGAUUGAAGGUGUGUGCCACCACUGCCUGGCCUCUAUGGUUAACUAGUGACUAGCUCCGCCCUGUGAUCUCCAGGCAUGCUUUAUUUGUCAGAGCACAAGAUAUCACACAACACACUUGGCUGAGGGACAAUGGCUUGGGGACUAAAGUACUGCUGUGCAAGCAUGAAGACUUGAGUUUGGAUCCUCAGC